ACUGGGGGCAGAGAUUUCUGCCAUUUCUCUAGCCAUAAACCAAGGACAACAUGAUUUAGACACAAAUAUGCUUUUCAGCGAUACAAACUGUAAAGGAAAAAGAAGACGAAAAAGCAAUAGAGAGAUCUUGGACUAACUGGCCGGAUCUUCUCUUUCUUUGCUUUAGUCCCUAAACUGAUCGUCAAGUUUCCAAAUUCAACUCAUUUUUCUUAACUCUGUUGGAAUCAGAUGAUUACCCUCGAGAAAAUUUUGAAAAAAAUGUAUUCUAAGCUGCUAUGGGUUGUGGUGGUUGUGUUCGUUAUCACAACAGUUGUAGAGGGAAACAGAGGUAUUGGUAAUGGUGAAGGAUGCCGCCCCAGUGACCUGAAAGGUCUAACCAGUUUCAAGGAUGGUAUUCAAAUUGACACAUCCGGCCGGCUAGCAAAGUGGGUCGGCCAUAGCUGCUGCAAGUGGGAAGGCAUUAUCUGUGACAAUACAACCGGUAGGGUGACGGAAAUCCGCCUUCCAGGAUUCAUUUCCACACAAGACUUCUUACUCCAGUCCCAGAUGAAAGGCCGGUUAUCUCCUUCGAUUACACUUCUCGCCUCACUUGAAGUCAUUGAUCUUGGUGGACUAACUGGUCUUGCCGGAAAUAUCCCACCGUCGAUUGGUUACCGCCUCCCAAAGCUCCGAAAGCUUUACCUCUAUGGCAACAAUCUGACUGGUGCUGUACCAGAAAGCAUUGGUAAGCUGUCAAAACUUGAAGAACUUGUCCUGAAUGAAAAUAGGUUAUCUGGGUCGCUCCCUCCAAGCCUUGGAAGGCUCAGAAAUCUGAGAGUACUGCUUCUAUAUUCAAACCAACUCUCUGGUAUUAUACCUGAUUCGUUUACAAAUUUGACAAAUUUGAUACAUUUAGAUCUUCACAGCAAUUCACUGACUGGUCAAAUCCCAGAUAGAAUUGGUCAGUUGCAGGUUUUGGAAGAGCUCGAUCUUUCAAACAAUUCCUUGAGUGGGAAAAUUCCCAAGUCGCUAACUAAUUUAACCGCCAUUAGAGUUAUGUACUUAGACACCAACCAUCUUGAGGGAGCAAUCCAAUUUCCAUCAAGUUCAGGUCAGAUGCUUUCUCUUGGCUUUCUAAGGCUGCAAAACAACCGUCUAACUGGAAGGAUACCGCUCAGCUUUGGAUAUCUGGUGUCCCUCCAAAGAGUUUCUCUAGCAAAUAACAACCUUCGCGGACCAGUUCCCUCUACUUUGGGGAACUCAAUAGCUUUGUCGGAGCUAUAUCUUGAUGGCAAUCGGUUAUCUGGCCGGAUACCAAAAUCAAUCGGUCAGCUUUCUCGGCUUAUUGUCUUGAGUAUUUCUCAUAAUUUGAUCCUAGGACCAUUGCCUCAAGAGAUCUCAUCCCUCCAAAAUCUUCAAAUACUUGAUCUUUCAUUCAACCGUUUGAACCUCUCCACUAUCCCGCCGUGGCUGGCAGAACUGCCAUCUCUUUCUCGGCUCUUCUUGGCAGGAUGUGGAAUCCAAGGAAAAAUUCCGGAGUUCCUGCGAACGACUCCAAUACAGGAGCUGGACUUAUCGGCUAACCAUCUCACCGGAAGCAUUCCAGCAUGGAUUGGAAGCCUCACUCAGCUCUACUCAUUAAAUCUCUCUAAGAACUCACUUGUGUCAAAUAUCCCCGACUCAGUUACAAGCUUACAUGAUUUGGGUGUGCUUGAUCUCCAUUCAAACAAGUUGACAGGCACCAUAAAUCAGGUUUUCCAGAUAGGACAGAGGUUUUCUGAUGGAUCACUGACAUACAUCGAUCUUUCUGAUAACAGCUUCUCAGGUGGAAUUGAGCAAAUCGGUGGUAAUGGAGCACAACUUGGGAUUCAGUUUCUUAACAUAUCCCAUAACUUUUUGGAAGGCGGAUUACCAACUAGUAUAGGGGGAUUGAAAUCAAUGAGAAGUUUGGAUUUGAGCUACAAUAAGUUAGGCUUCAACUUGCCAGAGGCUCUAGGAGAUCUAAGCUUGUUAGAAACGCUGAAGCUGCAGAAAAACCACUUCUCUGGUAAUAUACCAAAUGGGUUUUUGAAGUUGAGAAAGCUUAAGGAACUGGACUUGUCACAUAAUCUACUGGUGGGGGAAAUUCCUCUGGGUAAGCCUCUAAGUGACUUUCCGGAGAGCUCCUACUCUGGAAACAAUGGAUUAUGUGGGAAGCCUCUUACUCCUUGUAAGCUCUGAGGUUUGAUUAUGAUUCUUAAAUAUGUUUUCAGUUAGGGCCAUGCAUCAAUUAUAAUGCCAGUAAAUUUAAAGAUAUGAGAGGGCAUACUUUCACCA